GAACGCUAGGGGCAGUAGUGAGCACGAACAUGGCUGAAAACGGAUCAGGCUUCGGAGCGUAACUAAAGUUGCGCAUUGUGUGUCCUUAGGCAGAACGUUACUUCGAGACUGUAGUUUUUGUUAUGAUAUUGAUGCUGUACCUUCUACGAGUGGCGUUCGAAGUAAACAAUAAUCUUACGACAGUGUCUGGCCCAGCCAUGUUCGGCACAGAGUCUUCACUGAGCAUGUUCCUCAACACAUUGACCCCCAAAUUCUAUGUGGCUCUGACGGGGACCUCCUCCUUGAUCUCUGGACUCAUCCUGAUAUUCGAGUGGUGGUACUUCAGGAAGUAUGGGACCUCCUUCAUCGAGCAGGUGUCGGUCAGCCACCUGCGCCCCCUGCUGGGCGGGGUGGACAGCGCGCCCCCCAGCUCCUCCGGCCCCAGCGCCGGGGAGACGGACUCCAGCAGACAGAGCGUGGCAGAAUGUAAAGUUUGGAGAAAUCCUCUCAAUUUAUUCAGAGGGGCAGAAUAUAACCGGUACACCUGGGUGACAGGCAGGGAGCCCCUCACCUACUACGACAUGAACCUCUCCGCCCAGGACCACCAGACCUUCUUCACCUGCGACUCAGACCCCCUGAGACCAGCCGACGCCAUAAUGCAGAAGGCCUGGAGAGAGAGGAAUCCUCAGGCCAGAGUCUCUGCUGCUCAUGAAGCCUUAGAGCUGGAGGACUCUGCCACGGCCUACAUCCUGCUGGCAGAGGAGGAGGCCACCACCAUCCUGGAGGCAGAGAAGCUCUUCAAACAGGCUCUGAGGACCGGGGAGAGCUGCUACAGACGCAGCCAACAGCUGCAGCACCACGGAGCCCAGUAUGAAGUACAGCACAGGCGGGACACUAACGUCCUGGUCUACAUUAAGAGGAGGCUGGCCAUGUGCUCCAGGAAGCUGGGCCGCAGUCGGGAGGCGGUGAAGAUGAUGAGAGAUCUGUGUGUUUUCCAGUUAAUGAAGGAGUUCCCUCUCCUCAGUAUGUUCAACAUCCACGAGAACCUUCUGGAGUCUCUGCUGGAGCUGCAGGCCUACGCUGAUGUGCAGGCUGUGCUCGCCAAAUACGACGAUAUCAGUUUACCUAAAUCUGCAACAAUAUGCUACACUGCAGCCUUGCUCAAAGCCAGAGGCGUUUCAGACAAGUUCUCACCAGAAGCAGCCUCUCGGAGGGGGUUGAGCACGGCGGAGAUGAACGCCGUCGAAGCCAUUCACAGAGCGGUGGAGUUCAACCCACACGUACCCAAAUACCUGUUGGAGAUGAAGAGCCUGAUCUUGCCCCCGGAGCACAUUCUGAAGAGGGGGGACAGUGAGGCAGUGGCCUACGCCUUCUUCCACCUGCAGCACUGGAAGAGGGUGGAGGGAGCCCUCAACCUGCUGCACUGCACCUGGGAGGGCACAUUUAGGAUGAUCCCCUACCCCCUGGAAAAAGGCCACUUGUUCUACCCCUACCCCAUCUGCACAGAGACCGCCGACAGAGAACUGCUACCAACAGUGUUCCACGAGGUGUCGGUGUACCCCAAAAAGGAGCUGCCCUUCUUCAUCCUCUUCACCGCGGGCCUGUGCUCCUUCACCGCCAUGUUGGCUCUCCUCACACACCAGUUUCCUGAGCUCAUGGGAGUGUUUGCUAAAGCUUUCCUCAGCACUCUGUUCGCGCCGCUGAACUUCGUCAUGGAGAAGGUGGAGAGCCUCCUCCCGUCCGGACUCUGGCACCAGCUCACGCGCAUCUGAGACUGACGGGACCGCUCACAGCCGUGUGCCGAGGCCGCGCGCUCUGCGGACUACAAAACAGGGCAUGCUGGGUAAAAAAGGGAAAAAGGGGGAAUCACGACUGGGAUUCCUUUUGUUUUUUUUUUUUUUGUUUUUUUUUUUUGCUUUGGUUUUGUUUUUUUGUUCUCAUGUAAACCCGAUUUUGUUGUACGAAAAAGGACAACAGAGAAGUUGGAAAAACAACAAAAAUAAAGACUUUUGUGUCCUGCUACAAGAAGUCCCCUCCCCCCCCCCA